ACGAAUAAAGGAACGCAAACAACAAACAAAACAUGGCUACCCAGACGAUGGAACUUGCUGGUUUGCCGCCGUACACGGCGAUGCUGUGGUCACAAUUCACGGCGUGCCCGCCACUCCUGUACAACCUGUUCGAGUCGACAGUCCGGCCGGGGGGUGGUGUGUCUCACCAUUCCGACAAGGUGUUCGACAUGUCCGGAUCUCCGAUCAGUCGCAAACUUAGUAAGCUGAAGGUAAAAAACAUCGAAGAACUACAUCGUCUGACAAACGACCUCCUCAAUAUGCCAAUCUUGUUCCAUGUUAAGGUGGAACAUGCUCAUAAGGAGUAUUGCAGCAAUGUUCUUUACAUAGCGAAAAAUGAGUUUGCUGUGUUAGUUAACACGAGGCACCCUAGAAUUAAGGAACUGAUAACCAACAAACUUACCCAGGCCAUGCAAUAUAUGCAGGAAGGAAAGAACUUUUGUCUGAAGACUCACAGGAAAAUGAAGUGCAUUGAUGAAGAACAAGAAUUCAGUGACCUCCCAGUGACAUUGCUGUGGCAGUGA